AUGAAAAACCUCCCCAGUUCACAGAAUGCACCCUGUCUUCGCGUGACACUCGAAUGUCCUGCGGAAAUCUCCAAAGUCACGGAUCAGACACAUCUAACGAUCAAGGUCAAAUACGAGGGUCUCAGCGAGACAGGGAGCCAAGAUGCUCCUUCUAUUACCUUUAACAAGUACGGUGUCAUGAGAGAAGAUGAUUUGGCUUUAUACCAGCUCCGUGACGGCGAGUGGAUCCAAGACAUGUCGGAGAAUGAUGAGUAUGGAGGCUGCUGUGGAUUCGCCAUAUUGGACGCACCUCCGAUGCUGGUAAAUGUGAGCGAGGAUGACCAGUUCCCGAGUCUCAGCUUGGGCGAGGCCGUGAUUGCCCAUCAAUAUCCCUUGAAGGAAAAGCUUCCGGGUGAUGCCAAAGCGGGCGAUCGCUUCCGUCUAACAUUGAAGCAAGCCCGUGUGGAAUGGUGGAACUGGGGCGGCCGCGAGGAGCAUGCAAAUACGAAAGUCUAUCUGCCAUGUUGGCGCUUGGGCCCAGUUGUCGACCCUCCCACCCCUGAUUACGACUCUCUCCUUUGCCCAGAAACAAAGAAUGAAGGCCGGCCGAAGCUGCUUGUACAUAUUGGCGACCCAGUGGAAUUCGUAUUGACGUAA